UGAUGUGAAACGGACCCUGGGAACCGGUUCUUUCGGCAGAGUGAUGCUAGCAAAGUACAAGCCCUCUAAGAGUGACAAGUUUUACGCCAUCAAACUGCUCGACAAACAGAAGAUUGUGAAGUUGAAGCAAAUUGACCACACGAUAAUGGAGAAAAAGAUUCUAGCUUGUAUUCAGUUUCCUUUCAUAGUGCGACAGGCAUUCGCUUUCAAGGAUAACAGCUAUCUCUACAUUGCUCUUGAGUUCGUUUCCGGUGGCGAAAUGUUCACACAUCUACGACGAUCGGGAAAAUUUGGAGAAGUGAGAACCCGGUUUUACGCCGCCCAGGUUCUCAUGGCCUUCGAGUACCUGCACUUCAUGAACCUGAUCUUCCGCGAUUUGAAGCCAGAAAAUCUCCUCAUAGACCACCAUGGGUAUGUGAAAGUGACUGACUUUGGCUUCUGCAAGAGGAUAUCUGGACGCACCUGGACUCUCUGUGGAACUCCGGAAUACUUGGCUCCAGAAAUUAUCCUCAGUAGAGGCUAUGGAGUGGGUGUGGACUGGUGGUCUUUUGGGGUUCUCAUGUACGAGAUGGCGGCUGGAAAACCGCCCUUUGAAGCACCCAAACACAUACAGAUGUACGAACUCAUAGUGGGUGGAAAGUACACCUUUCCCAGUGGGUUCUCGGCGGAUCUGAAGGACCUCAUCAGGAACAUCCUGCAGGUGGACGUCACUCGGAGGUUCGGGGUGUUACGCAAUGGGUCCCUGGACAUCAAGAACCACAGGUUCUUCAACUCAGUCGACUAUGUUGCCAUGUACCAGAAGAAGCUGAAGCCUCCAUUUGUUCCGAAGACCAAGCACGCGGGAGACGACAGCAACUUCGCCAAGUACGACGAGCCUCCACUCAAUGUGUCCAAACAAUGUCUCUUCGAAAGAGAGUUCAGAGACUUCUAAUUUAUUUCAAUAAGUGACAAAAAACUCAAAAUCUAAG